AUGCAGAAGUCCUUUGAUCGCGAGUUUCUGGCUUCAGUUGCCAGCCGCAGAGAUCUUUGGCGCUUGCUUCUGCCCUUGCCCGGCAUCUUUGCUUUCGUGGCGGACCGGGGAGACCACGAGCUCAUGAUCAUGAAUGCUGCGCUCUCCGUGACGCUCUUCCUCAUGAGCUCCCUCCCGCAAGCUUGGCUCCUGUCAGACGUGGUGUUCUGCCUCCUUUUCGCCUCUUACAUUCCGCUCCACAGCGUCCUGGGCUUUGUCCCUCCCAGCAUCGGUGCUCCCUCUGGACCAGCGUUGGCCACACUGACAAUGGCCGCUGCUGGCGUCAACGUUUGGAUCCUGCUAGGCUUCGUUCUCAUCUCUUAUGGCACGGCGCCUUACGUCGCCUAUGCCUGGACCGUGGACCAGCUCCUUGUUUGCCUCUACGUUCUUUUUGUCAUGAUGCUCGUGGAGCAUCGGGCCACGCUUCUGCAGGGGCGAAGCAACCUGCAGCAAUCUGGCUACAAGGCCUUGAUUUCAGCAGAGGAUGCAUCUCGAGCUUCCCGCGGUCCUGUUGAUCCCCUCUCGUCACGCUACACAGCAGAUACGCUGUCUGCAACUGGCGGCGGCAACUUUGACGCGGAGGACAACUCAACACCGCCACCGGUGGAAGGACACGAGUUUGCAUUCCUGGACGGGUUGUGGUCAAGAAUCCGAGAACAAAGGUCCUCGGGGCCCAUGAGCUCCAUCUUCGCCCGCCUCACCACUGGGCAGCGGUCAGUGGCCAGCACCAGCUCUGGCCCUCGCCACCGCUUUGCUGCAGACAAGGUCCAGCAACCUGGUGCGGCCGUACAUGAGGCGCCCUUCUUUUCCGAGCGCGAGAUGGAGUUCCUCAUGUCCGCGCCAGAGAGCUUCGCCAGGGGGAUUGAGUAUGGAUCAAGAGGAACAGGGGAUUGA